AUGGAUGUCAAUCUCAUCAAGACAAUCAAUAGAUUACAGGAUGCUUUCUCCGCUGUGGGAGUAGCUAAUCCAAUCGACUUGCCUCAAAUUACUGUUAUUGGAAGUCAAAGUAGUGGGAAAUCAUCAGUGUUGGAGAAUAUUGUCGGCAGAGAUUUCUUGCCAAGAGGAACGGGCAUCGUCACUCGACGUCCUCUCGUUCUCCAGCUCAUUAACAGACCAAGCGCAAAUGGUACUGCUGGAGGAGUGGCUGCUGUCGCUCCAUCUACUCCAAAACCUGGAGAAGAUGGAACGUCAACACCUUCGUCACCACCACCACCAGCAAAACAACCAGUCAAUGGAACACAGCCAGUCAACGAAGAACCUGAUGAAUGGGGCGAAUUCCUUCAUAUACCCGGAAAGAAGUUUACAAACUUCGAUGAGAUCAGAGAUGAAAUCGUUAAGGAUACCGAAUUAAAAGUGGGCCGUAAUGCCGGUGUAUCAAAUCAACCUAUCAAUCUUCGAGUAUUCUCACCAAAUGUAUUGACCCUCACAUUGGUUGAUUUACCGGGGUUGACCAAAGUCCCUGUCGGCGAUCAACCCAAAGAUAUCGAAAAGCAAAUCAAGGAUAUGAUUAUGAAGUAUAUUACCAAAAACAAUGCCAUCAUAUUAGCGGUGACAGCUGCCAAUACCGAUUUGGCUAAUUCUGAUGGUCUCAAAUUGGCUCGAGAUGUUGAUCCAGAGGGUGUUCGUACCAUUGGUGUGCUCACCAAGAUCGACUUGAUGGACCAGGGUACUGAUGUAGUAGAUAUUCUGGCGGGUCGAAUCAUUCCUUUGAGGCUGGGUUAUGUACCAGUCGUCAAUCGAGGCCAACAAGAUAUCGAUCGCAAGAAACAAAUCACCAAGGCUCUGGAAGCUGAGAGAAUGUUUUUUGAAAACCACCCAGCUUACAAGAGCAAGGCACAAUAUUGUGGAACGCCAUUCUUGGCUCGAAAGCUGAACAUGAUUCUUAUGCACCAUAUCCGAAAUACCCUACCAGAAAUCAAGGCCAAAAUUGCCGCUGGUCUUACAAAGUAUCAACAAGAAUUAGGACAGCUAGGAGAUCCUUUAGGAGGCGAUGAUUCUGGAACUCAGCAAGCAAACCUUAUCCUCAACAUCAUUACCGAGUUCUGCAAUGAAUAUCGUACCAUUAUAGAUGGUACAUCCAACGAAAUCUCCAGCUUUGAAUUGAGUGGUGGUGCUCGUAUCAGUUUUGUCUUCCACGAAAUCUUUGCUAGUGCUAUUCGUACUAUGGAUCCAUUCGAUCAAAUCAAGGAAGUGGACAUUCGAACUAUUCUAUACAACUCAUCUGGUUCUUCUCCAGCUCUAUUUGUCGGUACGGCUGCAUUCGAAGUGCUUGUGAAGCAGCAAAUCAAGAGACUGGAAGAUCCAUCACUGAAAUGUGUCUCGAUGGUGUAUGAUGAACUUGUUCGUAUUCUAAACCAGUUACUAGGAAAGAAUGUUUUCAAGAGAUUCCCAGCUCUAAAGGAGCGAUUGGCUAAUGUUGUCGUCAACUUCUUCAAGAAGGCAGUACUUCCAACAAAUAAGCUUGUAUCAGAUUUGAUUGCCGCCGAGUCUACUUAUAUCAACACUGGACAUCCAGACUUUUUGUCUGGUCACAAGGCCAUGGCCAUUGUGAAUGAGCGAGUAAAUGCAUCAAAAGCACCUCCACCAGCACCAUCUGAUCCUAAACAAGGUGCCAAAAUCAACAGCCCUAGCCCAAGUAUGCCAAACAGUGUAUCUAACGGCUUAGGGCCAAAUGAUGAUCCUGGCUUCUUUGGAAGUUUCUUUUCAAAGAAGAAGAAGCCUGGUGUCCUCGAAAAUCCACCUCCAGUGUUGAAAGCCUCAGGCAAUCUAUCUGAACGUGAAUACAUGGAAACUGAAGUCAUCAAAUUGCUGAUUCAGUCAUACUACAACAUUGUCAAGCGAACCGUCUCGGAUCUGGUUCCUAAGGCCAUUAUGUACAAUUUGGUUACUUAUUCCAAGGAAGAUUUGCAGCGAGAACUACUAGCAGAAUUAUACAAGAAGGAUGUGUUUGAUGAGUCCCUGAAGGAAUCAGAAUUUACAAUCCAACGCCGCAAAGAAUGCAAAAAGAUGAUUGAUGCUUUGACAAAGGCUGAUGAGAUUAUCAACGCGGUUGACAGUUAA